UCAGCGUAGACUCAAAUAUGCGAGCGGAGAAACUGUAUCAAGAACAGAGCGAGUCAAUUUGUCGAAUUGUUUUUCCCUACAUCAUUCAAAGACAUGGAUGAACGUUUUUUUGCACAUAUAUUCAGCAGACUUCAAUGACACUGGCUGGGUUUCUGUUCUCCAAGGCAUUACUUUCAUUGGAAAAGGCUAGCUUUCAAAACAGCCAUGAAACUGCCAGGUGACAAGGAAAAUCAGCGUCUGGGAGCUCUGUUGCUCAACACCCUGGACCGAGAAAUGCGGCUUUGGAGAGCUCCGGUGCUCAAGAACGGUUGCAUUCAGGGUUCGGACAUCAGCCCCUCUCAGUAUCAUGAGAUGAUCCUGUGGUUGCGUGAAAUGAACGUCAUUUUCCAGUUUUCCACAGAGACGUUUGCAUUGGGAGUCUGUGUUCUUAACAGCCUGCUCGCAACAGUCAAAACUCAGUUGAAAUACCUCAAAUGCAUGGCCAUCACUUCUCUGAUCCUUGCUGCAAAAAUCAACGAGGAGGAUGAGGUGAUCGCAUCGGUUAAAGACUUGCUGGAGCAAAGCAGAUGCAAAUUCUCUACCGCUGAGAUCCUGCGCAUGGAGCGAGUCAUCUUACACAAGCUGCACUGGGAGCUGUACAUGGCAACACCCAUGGAUUUCAUUCACAUUUUUCACGGCCUGCUGAUGUCCGGAUGUGUUGAUCAGACUCAGAAGAGGCUCUGCCUGCAGGCGGCGCUGUGGAGCAGGCAGCUGCAGCACUGUAUGGCCUGCCACCAGCUCUGGCAGUUCAAGGGCUCCAUAUUGGCUUUGGCCAUCAUCACUUUAGAGCUGGAGAGACUGACACCGGACUGGUUCUCCGUUUUUACAGGCCUGCUGAGGAAAGCACAGAUUGAAAGCACAGAGUUGAUCUGCUGCAGGGAGACUGUGGACGAGUAUCUCUCCAGCCUCUGCUUCUCCGUCCCCACAAACGCAGUCUAUAUUCUAGGCAGUGGCAUGCUAGUGUUAGGAGGACCUGAAGGAGAGCAGCGCAAAAGGCAGGCCAGACGAGCACACACGGCGCAGGACAUGGAUGAUUUCUAUGAUGGGUUCUGCUGUCUGUAUGAUGAGCAGACCCCGGCCUGUCCUGCGCUCAUAUAGACCACACACACACACACGAUGCACUUUCCUGAUCCUUUAACUCAGCGGUUCCUGAUUCCAGUCCACAUUUUGUAACGUUCUCACUUAACAUACCUGAUUCAGAUCAUCAGCUGGUUAACAGAAAGAUCCAUGAACUGAUUCUUGUGUUAAAUAAUAGAGACGGAGGAGUGGUUCCCAAAUCCGGUCCACAUUUUUAUGUCUCUCUGUUAUUUGAUAAGAAUCAGUUCAUGGAUCUUUCUUUUAAGGAGCUGAUGUAUUAAGUGAGAGAUGGAAAAUAUGGACUGGAUUUGGGAGCCACUGCUCUAUCGCAGCACUUUCCACUACUUUCCAUUACCAUUACUAAUGUUUUUAUGUUUGUUUGCUUUUAUAUUGUUUAUUUUUAUACUUUUAUAUUCUUGUAUCCUCAUAUGAGCUAUUCGGAAGUACAAACUUUAUUUUACAUGAUUUUUCAAGGUGCUUUAACAUCUCUUUUGAUUUAAGAGGUUAAUCUUUUUGUAUAAGGUCGAUAUCUUUAAAGAACGCUCCACUAUUUAUUUAUUUUUUAUUAUAUAUUCCUCAAUCAAUUAUUUCCUUAAUCCAUUACAUCCUAUGUCUUCCUUAACCCACCUGAUUCAGAUCAUCAGUUCGUUAGCAGAAAGAGCCAUAAACUAUUAUUUGACACGCAAGUAUCA